AAUGCUUAGCGAUAUCAGUCGUAAUUAAGGAUUAUACAAAGCACUUUUUUUAAUCAUAGGAUUAGUGCUUAUUGUAUUUUGUUUCUUUUUUAAUGUGGCUGAACUAGAUUCGUCAGUGGUAAAAGGAAAAUAUUACCUCACAUUUUCGUCGAGAACUCAUUCAUCAUUUGAAGGACUAGAUUGUUAUGAAGACAUAGCAGAUUGCAAAGGUGAUUCUUUUUGCAAAACAGUUAAAACAACUCCUUAUUUAGGUGGAUUUGCCUUGGGAUUUAUAGGAUUAGUUAUCUUGUUUUCAUUAGGUGAAUCGGUCAUAAGUAGAUUUAUUAAAAAAUAUCAUAUUUGGAUAAUCGAAUUGGUAUUCUUAUUCUUUGCAUGGGCAUUGAUAUUGGUGAUUCCUAUUUUGUAUUUGACAACAAAAGGAAGUACUUGGAAUUUAUGUUGGCUUCCAAUAAUAUUUGAAUUUGCUGCAUUGAUUUCAACAAGCAUUUCAGCCUUUCUUUAUUAUAAAAGUAAUGAAAGCAAAGGACCAGGACUAUUAUCAUGAU